GUUAAUUGAUCAGUUCGGUUCUUGUAACCUUCCAACCCUAAUAAAUUCAGCCACCGUCCCAUCGCCGAACUCUUUUCGUCUAGUAGAGGGUGCUGUUGCCGCCAACGAGAAUAGACUGUAGGUGCCAUUGUUGCCCGUGGAAAGUCUGUUCGCUUCUCCUCAAUCCUCUUCUCGUCGACAUCGCACGAAGGCUUGCUCGGAGUUGUUGGCGUCGCCGCCACGAAAGGCUGCUCCGUCGUCCCCUCUGCUUGCUUCUUCGAGUCGAGGAGAUCGCAGUACAAGAACAAGAAGUUGCUGCAUUUCACCAAAUAAACAAGAGGACGAAAAGUGUAGAGGAAAACGAAAACCCUGAUAUUGGUACACCUCACCACCAAACGAACCUAAUUGCGUUAAAUAUAAAUUGAAAAAGAAGAAUAAGAAGACUAUGGAAGUUGCAGAGAAAGAAGAAAAUGCCGAGAAUGAACCUAAUGGCUCAGAAUCAAAAUUGAAAGAUAAGAAGAAGAGAUUGUUGAAGGAAGCAGAGAAGGCGGACAAGCGAGGUGUUUGCUAUCUGAGUCGGAUCCCCCCUCACAUGGACCACGUCAAGCUUCGUCUCAUUCUCUCUCAAUUCGGAGAUAUACAACGCAUCUUUCUUGCCCCUGAAGAUUCUACUGCUCCAGUCUCAACUAAACGGUCGCGGGGUGCACGAGACCAAGCCUUCUCAGAAGGGUGGGUUGAAUUCAAGAAUAAAAGUUUAGCAAAGAGGAUUGCCAAUAUGUUGAAUGGUGAACAGAUAGGGGGAAAGAAGAGGUCAUCAUUCUACUAUGACCUUUGGAAUAUUAAAUACCUAAGUAAAUUCAAGUGGGAUGAUCUCACUGAAGAACUAGCAUUAAAGAAAGCUAUUCGGGAGCAAAAGAUAGCUUUAGAACUUUCUGCUGCCAAGAGAGAGAGGGACUUAUAUCUUUCCAAAGUCGAUAAGUCACGUGCUUUGAAUGCAAUAGAGGAGAGGCUAAAGAAGAAGCAGAAGAUUCAACAGGAUUCUGGACAAGUCGCAAAAGUGAUUCGCCAUUUCCCCCAAACGAAGCCAAUAACUGCUACUGCUAAAGAAAGUAAACCUGGACUCUCUGAUGAUAUACUGGAUGCUGUAUUUGGUGGUUCGUAAUCCAUGUAUUGAUACUUCAAUAUCAGGAGUUCAGAACCCAAAGAAUAGCACUGCCAAUUUUGUAACAUGCAUAUAGCAAUUUUCUGUAUUCAACUUUUUUUUGGGUAAUAUCUAGAAGAUAUUGUUCUUUGUGAUUGAAGGUUUUUGACGUGGAAAAUUGAAGUAAUCUAGAAAUAUAAUAGUGUAUUUUUGUAUGCAGUGAAUUUUGUUAUAUUGCUAUACGCCUUCUAACUGUUAGUUUUAGCCUUGUAGGCUCCAAUUAUAUUAACCCAAGUUCGAUAUU